AGUAAGUUCAGAGAAGAAUAAUGUGGUAAUUUUGGAGAUAACCUCUUUAGGGAUAUUUGAUUUCCGAUUUCCGAUUUCCUAGUCCUAGUUUUUUAGUGCAGUUUUGUUUUCUUUAAUAGUACUUUCAUUAAUAUCUAAACUAGAAUUAGUAUUCUUUACUAGUUGAUUAUCAAAUGUGUAGGUAGAAACACCUGUUUUAAUUUAUCUCUUUUAUGCAAAAUCUAAAAUUCUAAAUUCUAAUGUCUACAAGCAAAGAUAUAAGUGGUAUUUUGCGGGCGUUAAAGCUGAUAAUUGAGGCCCAAAUUAAACUUCAGAAAGAAAAUUUAGACCAUAUUUGUAAAACAUCUAGUUUCAAACCUCUUAUUCGGCAAUGUAUAGAGGAUAGUCAAAAUUUACAAAGGUCUGUUACAGCUAAAAAUGUAGAGGGUUUAGCUAAUGACAUUAAAGAUGGUGUUGAAAGAUUAAAUGUUGUGGCCCAGGGUUUAAAAGUCUAUGCAGAUUUGUCACUAGGGAGUGCCCCAAGUAAAAUUGACAGUAAAGAACAUAUUCAUAUAAAGAACUUUGCUAUUAAACCAGUAAUACCUGAUCCUGUAGUACAACCACAGAUACAUCAAGCGCAAUUGUUCACAAGAAUUGCUCCAGUAGAAGUGUCUGAUAAUAACUCUAUAAAUUUAUCUAAACUCAGUUCUAAUAGAGAAAGCAUAUCAUCUUAUGAAUAUCAAAUAAAAUUAACUGAAAGCGAUAAAAAGUUAUUACAAAGAUUAGAUAUGGAACACAGAGCAAAGCUUGUAAAGCAGGUUGAAAAAGAAAGGCAAAACGAACAAAAGGACAAUGAAAAAACUGUUGGAGAGACUAUUCAAGAAAGUAAAAUUAGGCCAAUAGUUGUACCUCAUCCUAAAUCUAAAGUUCAGUUAACUGAUACAGCCAAGCAACAAAAAGUGCCUUCAAGUAAAAUAGGUCGGAUGUGGUCAUUUGGAACUUUAGCUGCCGGCUUAAGCAUUGGAACAGCUGCUGAAUAUUUGAAAAAAGCUUUUACAGUUGAUGAUGUUGCUACUGAUGGCACUAAUAUAAUGUUGAAUGAAGCUAAUAUGAAAAGAAUUGUAGACACAUUAUGUAAAGUCAGAGGUGCUGCAUUAAAACUUGGACAAAUAUUGAGUAUCCAGGAUGAUUCAAUAAUUAAUCCAGAAUUAGCAAAGGCACUUGAAAGAGUAAGAAAAUCAGCUGAUUUCAUGCCAGACUGGCAACUAGAUCAGGUGAUAACUUCAGAGCUUGGCUCAGAAUGGAGAAAAAAGUUUACGGAAUUUAGGGACAAACCAUUUGCUGCUGCUUCUAUUGGUCAAGUACAUUAUGGAAAAUUAGAUGAUGGUCGUGAAAUAGCCAUUAAAGUCCAAUAUCCUGGUGUGGAUAAAGCUAUUGAAAAUGAUUUAGAUAUGUUGGGUGGUAUAAUGAACAUGUGGAACAUAUUUCCAAAGGGGAUGUUUUUAGAUAAUCUUAUGACAGUGGCUAAAAGAGAAUUAGCCUGGGAAGUUGACUACAUCAGAGAGGCAAUAUGUACGAGAAAAUUUAAAGAGAUAUUAAAUAGCUAUAACGAAUAUUAUGUACCAGAUGUUGUUAAUACAUUGUCAACUAAGAAGGUUUUAACAACAGAACUACUCAAUGGUAUACCAGUUGAUCAGUGUUUUGACAUGGAUUAUGAGUCGCGCCAUUUGAUCGGUGAGAAAGUUCUGGAUCUCUGUCUUUUGGAAUUAAUGCGGUUUAACUACAUGCAAACCGAUCCAAAUUGGGCAAACUUUUUGUACAAUCCUACCAAGAAACAGUUGCUUUUAUUGGAUUUUGGAGCCAGUCGAGAAUAUUCAAAAGAAUUUAUGGAUAAAUAUGUGGUUAUUCUGAAAGCAGCGUGCGACGGAGAUACCGACACUGUGCUUAAGAAGUCUCGUGAUAUAGGAUUUUUGACAGGAUAUGAGAGCAAGAUAAUGGAAGAAGCUCACGUCGAUUCCGUCAUGAUGCUCGGUGAAAUAUUCCGAACCGAGGGCGCUUACGAUUUCGCACAACAGAAUCUCACGUAUAGAAUUCAAAAUCUGGCUCAAACCAUGCUGGUUCAUCGUUUGUGCCCUCCCCCCGAAGAAGUUUACUCCCUACACAGAAAGUUGUCGGGCGUAUUUCUGCUGCUAUCCAAGUUAAAAGUAAAAGUAAACUGCAGAGAUAAAUUUUUAGCGUUGUACGAGGAAUACAUCCGCAAAAAUUGACUCAGUAUUGUCUCCAGGAAGUUUUUAACAAUACUAAUAUAGGUGCUAGUCUGAUUGUUAUGUAAUAAGAUUAUUUAUGGAUUUUAUUUUUAAUAAAGAUUGUUAACAAAAA